UUCUAAUUUCAUAAGUUUCUUCUGCUCAACUUCACAGAAACUCAGAUUCUUGGGUUUUUGAAUACGAAAAUAUCAGAAACAAUCCUCUCUGGAUAUGGCGUCUCUGAUCUCAGAUAUUGAACCGCCGACGCAUUUGGACCCAAGUUCUACAGAUCUUCUUCGCAAGAAGAAGAGACCCUCUGUUUCCUCCGGCGCAUCGGCUCGGAGACACGCAGCUUCCGGGGACAGUGAGAGCCACGCGCGAUGGAGAUCGGAGAAGCAACAGCGGAUCUACUCGGCCAAGCUGAUACAAGCCCUGCAACAGGUCCGUCACAGCUCUUCCUCCGCCGCGACAUCAUCUCCAACGGCUCAGAAGCGGGGAAAAGCCGUCCGCGAAGCCGCCGAUCGCGUUCUCGCCGUUUCCGCUCGCGGAAGGACGCGCUGGAGCAGAGCGAUUCUGGCUAAUCGGAUCAAACUCAAAUUUCGGAAACAGAAACGGCCAAGGCCGACGGCGAUACCGGCCAUGACCACGGUGAUCACGACGGGAAGUAGCGGCAGAUCGAGGAAACGGAGAGUCUCGGUGGUGAGACUGAAUAAGAAGAGUCUACCGGCUGUAACCGGGAAAGUUCGUGUUCUCGGCCGGUUAGUUCCGGGUUGCGGGAAAGAAUCUGUACCAGUGAUUCUAGAAGAAGCAACUGAUUACAUCCAGGCUCUGGAGAUGCAAGUCAGAGCCAUGAAAUCUCUAGCCGAGCUUCUCUCCGGCUCAGGCUCAGGCUCAGCUCCUCCGCCGAUUUGAUGACGUUGAAAAUCGUCAUUUUGCUCAUAUUCGUCCUUUGAUUCUGCCAUAUCUCUGUCUCUGUGUACACCAAAACUUUCAUAUAUGAUAUGUAUAUAGAAGAUCCGGUUUAAUUA